AAACGAACCGUCUGGAAGUUCAGAAUGUAACGAAGACAUUGACCAACGAACCAAAUGUUGCCCAACGCGUUGCUGCAGACGGGUGACGCGUUGCUGCAGACGAGCGACGCGUUGCUGCAGACGGGCGACGCGUUGCUGCAGACGGGCGACGCGUUGCUGCAGACGGGCGACGCGUUGCUGCAGACGGGCGACGCGUUGCUGCAGACGGGCGACGCGUUGCUGCAGACGAGCGACGCGUUGCUGCAGACGAGCGACGCGUUGCUGCAGACGGGCGACGCCUUGCUGCAGACGGGCGACGCGUUGCUGCAGACGAGCGACGCGUUGCUGCAGACGGGCGACGCGUUGCUGCAGACGGGCGACGCGUUGCUGCAGACGGGCGACGCGUUGCUGCAGACGGGCGACGCGUUGCUGCAGACGGGCGACGCGUUGCUGCAGACGGGCGACGCGUUGCUGCAGACGAGCGACGCGUUGCUGCAGACGAGCGACGCGUUGCUGCAGACGAGCAACGUUGCUUUUAACCGGUUUUGUUUUCAAACCAGCAGUCGUUCUGUUUGUUUGUUUGUUUACUUGUUUGUUUGUUUUCCACUAAAGUUGCCCGUCUCCGCUACUGCGACGUGUUUUUUUGUUGUUGUUUAUUUUCUUUUGAGCGACUGGGGAGACGUGAAAGUGGCCCGUCAGCUGAUCCAGGAACUCAAUAUUUAUUCUUACAAACUCAUUAAAAUCUGGUGGACGAACGGGUUCAAUGAACCAAGUUGAACUUGAAGCUGCUUUUUAUAACAAAAGUUCCA